AUGCCAACAGGAAGAGAAUUUUCCGAAGAUUUGAAACAAAUGAUGUUUCGCGUUAUUUUGUUCGUGCAAAAUGAAAAAAAUGGCCCAACAAUUCCAUUAUAUAAUGUCAAUGAACGACUCAAUGCAAUGUUAGGAAUAUUAAAACAAUCCAUAUUGAAUUUGAAGAAAGAGAUGAAAGAAUUGCAGCGUCGAUAUAAUGAUGAAGAAGAACCUGAAGAAAGUCCAACAAAAACAGCAACAUCGUUAUCUAUUAAGCAACCACAUCGAAAACAGACUUGGUCAUCCUCACCAUUAAGAGUGGACGAAGCUGCUAAACAAUUUGACGUUGAAAUCUUACGAUUACCCGUUAGACACGCUGUAUUGAAUCCGAUAGAAUUAGCUUCGGCUGGGGUAAAGAAUUAUAUACGUGAUAAUAAUACAAAAUUUCGACUCGUUGAUAUUUAUAAUUUGGCAAUGGAAUAUUUGGCAGCCGUCGACGAAUCGUUAGCAACCAGCUACUUUGAAAAAAUCAGAAGAUAUGAAAAUACAUUCAAGACGGCAGAUAAAUAUGUUCAAGAAGUGGUUGAAACAACACUUGAAGAGAGUGAUGAUCUAGAAACAUCCGAUGACAAUAGUAGUGAUGAUGUAUCGCUUAAUGAUUCAGAAGACUUAGAUAACAAUGAAAAUUCGGAUGCAUAA